AUGGUGUUCGCUGUAGUUCAUUCAAAGUAAUUUUGCUCAGGACGUUACGCUGCACGCUGUUAUGCUAUUUUUAUUUUUGUAAAAAAUUUAUUGUAAAGACCGUCUUGUCAGCAUGGACAACAGUUUUCGGAAAAGCUUUAAGCAGGACAUCCCUGCCGGCAAUAGCACUACAACAUCCGAUGACGACAUUAUUGCGCAUACGGACGACUGCGUUGCGGAUAUGUCGGAUAUAAUCGAAGAAAUGCGUGUGCUAAUGGACGAAUUGGACAAAGACGGCAUAGAAGCACUGUUAGACUUGGAACGCGAUGUCGAUCGUAUAGAAGAUGAGCCCAAGACAAUUGACCAUGUUAUGGAUUUGCGUGCAAAGUUUUUUAAACCAACACCAAGAGAAAUGAUAGACAGACGUAUUGCUCCGCUUCUCGCCAGAGCUCCAGAACCCACUAUCACAGAGAGGGAAACCACGGAAGACUAUGACGACUUUUGGGGUGAUAUUUUCGAUGGAAUUAGCGAUGAUGUUCCAUCAGAAAGAAACAGCCACUCAGAAUUGUCUGGAUGCAAUGGGCACCGUCCCCCGAUAAUAAAUCUUGAAGUACCACUUACUGAGGAUCCUAUCGGUAACUCUGCUCGAUCUAAUGCACCAGAGCAAUUCGACGAUCUCAACACAACCACGGGUGUCACCACAACAGGUGUCACUACAACUGGUGGCACUACAACCAGUCAAUAAUUAUCCGGCAUACUCUGAAUCUAUUAACAAAAAUAUUUCGUGUUAGAAACGCAAUGACUUGUGUAUUUUGGUUAUGUUUACGUGAUUUUUAAUAAAUAAAAGAUUUUCUAACCUUCACAAACGGCAA